AUGGCUAGUCGGAGUAGCAGCAGAGGAGCUGAGGAUGUCUUUAGCGAAGUUUUCGGGUUUAAUGGCUCAAAUCAAUACAGGAGAGGAACAGUGUUCUCCAGUAACAUACAUGGUGAUGAUAUCUUUAGUUCUUUUGGAGAAGGAAUUAAAGAUCCUCCAAUUAAGAACACCCUGCCUUGUAGUCUUGAAGAGCUUUAUCAAGGGGCUACCAAGAGGGUGAAAAUAACUAGAGAAGUGGUUGAUCUAAGAGGCUUGACCAAGAAAAUAGAGGAGAUUCUAACCAUUGACACAAAGCCUGGUUGGAAAAAAGGCACGAAGAUCACUUUCUCAGAGAAAGGGAACAAGCGACCGAAUGUAAUUCCUGCUGAUAUUGUCUUCACUGUUGAUGAAAAACCUCACUCUGAGUUCUCUCGUGACGGCAAUGACUUGAUCAUCACGCGAAGGAUCUCUGUAACUGAAGCCUUUACAGAAGGUUGUCCUAAACGAAGGGAUGCCGAUCCUAGGCGAUCCAACAAAGAGAGGAAUUUUGAAAAUCAAGUUCGAAAUCAGGUUCCCAACAAGGGUAACUGCAGAGCAGAAGGCAGGAAUCAGGAGAAUCUUUGGUCCUUGAGAUCCCACUGUCAGCAUGUGAGACAUCUCCUUUGA